UCUCACACACACAUUCAUUCAUUCAUCCAUCCAUCCAAUGGUGACGAUGUCUCACUCUCCAAUGCAUUAUCCACCACUCCUAACCACCACCAUCACAACCCUCUUACUAUUCACCACCACUCUCACACCCACAACCGCCAACCAACCACCACCAACCCCAACCCCAUGGCCCCAUCAAUUCCACUCAAUCCUAAUGAUGAACUACAGCGGCACACUCGAAAUAAUAGACCUAUGGUACGACUGGACCAACGGCCGCAACUUCAACAUUAUCCAACACCAGCUUGGAAACGUGUUGUACGAUCUCGAAUGGAACAAUGGCACUUCGUUUUUUUAUACUCUGGAUUCCGACCGCCAGUGCCGGUCUGCGCAGCUGGAGGUCGGAAUCCUCCGACCUAAUUGGCUCGACGGAGCCAAUUAUGUCGGACAACGUACGGUUGAUGGGUUCCUUUGUUAUGUUUGGGAGAAAGCGGAUUUUAUUACUUAUUAUGAAGAUGUUGCUUCUAGACGCCCUGUUCAUUGGGUGUUUUAUACUGGACGGGAAGCACACGUGAUGACAUUUGAAGUAGGUGCAGCUCUUGAGGAUGAAAAGUGGCAGGUGCCUUGGUAUUGUUUCGAGGAGACUACUCCGGUUGCAACAAUGGCGGACGUUAAUGGCAGCAUCACACAUCAAGGUCUGGUAGAUUUUGCCACUCGCAGAAUCGCAAGUAUCUAGAAGUAGUUUAGUUUUUGUUCCGGUUAAUAAGGAUCUAUGUGUACUUGCAGAGAGAUCUCCAAGAAGUUGUGAAUUUGUGCUAAGAGGCUUGUGUUGAUGCAAUAAUAGCUUAAUUAGUUGUUUGUUUUA